AUGAGCAAUAUACUUAGCAAUGGACUGUGUGAUGUAGAUAGGAAUAUAACAGAUAUAAAUUGUAACAGCCAGUUUCCAAAAAUGGAAGAAAUGGAUGCAAGUUCCUUUGAAGGUUCAGAGGAAGGAGUCACAAAACAAUCAAAUUUAUUAUGCAAGCUAAAUAAAGAAGCUUUUAUUGAAGAAUUAGCUGAAGAACAAAGUAGGUCACUGAAAAUCACAGGCCAUGUUUGGGCCAUUGCAGGCAGAGAACACCAAAAUUCUGAAGACAUUUAUAUAAAUCUUGGAAAUAGCAGUGAGACAAAUUCUAGCUUUAGUGGAUUUAAUGAACCAGAUUAUCAAGACAAAAGUACUGAAACCAAUUCUAGCUAUAGUGAAUUUAGUAAAUCAGGUAACCGGGAAAAAAGCACAGGAGAAAAGUCAACAGAUUCUCAGAAGUCACAAUCACCCAAGAAAAAACGCCAUCUUGCUAUAAUGAGACCAACUAUGUCUGUGUUGAAGAGAGAGGAGUCAAGGAAAAUUGUAAGGCCUAAAAAGAGCGGCACCUUAGAUCCCAGUUUGGUAACAACCGCAGACACAGGGAGAUUUGUGUGGGCCAAGAUUGCAGGUUACAGGUUUUGGCCAGGUGUGAUCAUCAGUCAUGAGGCUUGUGGGACCAAACCUCCAUCACAUGAUAAAGUUUGGGUCUUUUGGUACGGUGAUAAUAGAGUGUCAGAAGUAAGUAAGAUUCUCAAAUUUAUAGAGUUGACAUUGGCAAAGUACGAGAUUUUGGAAAAAACUUUUGCUCUGAAUAUAGUAAUAUUUCAUCCAGUAAUGUACUUACAUCUGCAGUUAUUGAAUGACUUUUGCUCUGAAUAUAGUAAUAUUUCAUCCAGUAAUGUACUUACAUCUGCAGUUAUUGAAUGCCUCAAAGAGUGUCGCCACAGAGCAAAAUUGGAAACUUUGCCUUCAAGAAAAUCUCUUCUUCAAUGGGCAAAAACAUUUUUCUCAGAAUCAGCUGAUGCUUGGAUGAAGUUGUUACCCAAAGAAGAUACACCACUCAUUGCCAGAACUGAGCAGACUUUAAAGAGAAUAAGGAAGACACAGCUGAGAGAGUAUGCCUCAGGUUCUUCAAAUAAUGGCUCCUUAUCAGUCUCAUCAUCUUCCUAUGAAAGUGAUCAGUCGUCUGAUCUGGAAGCAAUGAGAAAACUAAGAGAAAAAGCAUCACUCAUAAGGGAAAUACACAGUGGCACUCGUGACAUAGAAACCAUAUGUAUUGCCUGUGAUAAUGUAAAUGCUGUGGUUUCUGUACCUCAUCCAUAUUUCAAUGGUGGUGUUUGUGACCAGUGCAAGGAUGAUGUUGAGGAGAGUACACUGGCAGUAGGUCCAGAUGGUGUACGUACAUACUGUGCAGUGUGUGGAAGUCCAGGGGAGAUAAUGCUGUGUGACUAUCCAAUGUGUAACAAAGUAUACUGCACAGGCUGUGUAGAGCUUUUAGUUAACCCAGAUGCAGUGGCCCGGAUCUUAAAAACAGAUCCAUGGCAUUGCUUCCUAUGUGAUCCAUAUGACCCUAGUACACAUGGCCUUAUCAAACCUAGGCCUGACUGGGAAAAUAAGGUUAGAUACAAUCAGAAUGAAAUGGAUCCAAACUGUCAAAAACCUCAGGAAUUUGAGGAUGCUCCUCCAGACAUAUCUUUCCCUAAGCGACCUAUAAGGGUUCUUUCUCUCUUUGAUGGAAUUGGGACAGGAUUUCAUGUCUUGGAUAAACUAGGCAUCGAAGUUGAGGUGUACUAUGCGUCAGAAAUUGACGAAGCAGCUCAGAAUGUAUCGGAAACCAAUUUUGGCUCUCGUAUUACCUGGAUUGGGGACGUAACCACUUUUACGGACAAACAGAUUACUGAACUUUGCCCUAUUGAUUUAUUGAUAGGGGGGUCACCAUGUAAUGAUCUCAGUUAUGUAAAUCCUAAUAGAAAAGGUCUUUUUGAUCCCUCUGGUACUGGAAUUCUAUUUUUUCAUUUCUUUAGAGCACAGAAGGUCAUAGAGGCGAAAAACUCUGGCACUCACCUGUUUUGGAUGUAUGAAAAUGUUUUGAACAUGCCUCGAGAAUUCAAGAAACAUAUUAGCUUAUUCUUACAGAGAGAGCCAGCAGUUAUAGAUGCCAAACACUUCUCAGCACAAUGUCGUCCUAGGUGCUUUUGGGGGAAUAUACCAGGUAUGUAUAACCCAAUACCUUCCCAUCUCCUAAAGAAGAAAUUCCAUUUACAUGAGUAUCUUAAUAAGAUAGGUAAUCGUGAAGCACUUGUGGACAAAAUCAACUGCAUAACGACUAACCCAGCUUCUCUGAAACUUGGAUCUAAUGUAGAGUGGCCUAUCCGUAUGAAUGACCAUGGGGAUACACCAUGGCUUACUGAGAUUGAGAAGAUCUUUGGGUUUCCUUCCCAUUAUACAGAUGUAGGAAACACAUCGUUAAAGGAAAGGCAAGCAUUACUAGGGCGGUCAUGGAGUGUACCAGUAAUUGAACACAUACUUCAGCCUCUUACAAAGUAUUACUUGGUUAAGACAGAGAAUGCCAUUGUAGAUGAGAAUGAUAAAGAAGGAAAUGAACCCAGAGAAGAACCUGAUUUGAAAAAUUUGUCUGUAGUUGAUGCAGGACAUGAGAUUUUACUUAACCCCAACACUGAAACUGAAAAUUUAGAUAAAUGUCAGAUUGUAACAGAAGUAAGGAAAGAUAAGGUCUCUAGGCCAGAAAUGGAAAAUGUAAAUUUUAGUAAGAAUUUAUUGUAUCAUCCUAGACCUUUGAAUCCUGUAAGUGCAAACUGUCCGUCAGAAGGUAUAAAGAGAAAGAAGAAAUACAGUAAAUCAGUGAUAAAGAGUAAAUGUUGUGGACGAAGAGAGAGCUCUUCUGAUAUACCAAAGAAAACAAAGUUUGAUGGGAAAUCAGAAGGUAUUACAGCUACUGAGUUUGUAGACUUUUCAGGGUUUGGAGAAGAGCUAAAUGAAACAAAUAUGGCUGAAAGUGAUAACGACCCUUUGUUUAUUUUGAUUCCCAAAGAAAAAACUAUGGCACUGCUCUCAGAUUCUAAAGGCAUAUCAGGAAAGACCAUGCCUCCUGUAUUUGAAAGAAUUAGUGCAGCUCAGAGUCCAAGUGAUGCUGGUUUUGAUGCUGACAUUUCCUCAGAAUACAAUGGUGAUGUUUUAAGUGAUCCAUAAUUGUGUAUGUAGUAAUUGUUGUUGCAUGAAACUUUGUAAAGUAAUUGGAAAAUUAUUGCAUAUGUUAAUGCAAUUUUCUCCCCAAAAAAGUAACACAUAAUACAAAAGUAAUUUUAAGAAUUGUAUAAAAUUAGCAUCUGUUAUUAGAUUACAGCUGUUUA